AUGGCAACUUCCUCACGAAUCUUUAUCUCAGCCAAUCACCCGGGCACGAUCGCACAAGUGAAUAAAAAUCCCCCGGGUUCAGCUGAAACAGCCAACCAGCUGCUCCAAAGAAAUCACGACGAAAACCACAUCUUCUGGCGUGCGGUAGCAGGGCACAACCAUGUCGCACAUUCUGUACUGACGACUCUCGCCCUAGGCGGUGGGCCAACGGAACUUCAGCGCGCCUUCGAUGACGGAGUCGAGAUCCAGCAACCACUCCCUGCCGCCAAUCCCGAAAUCAUUGAACAACUCAGCAAUGCAGAGGUAUUUCGUGCCCAUAUAGGGCAGCUAGAUCACUAUGUGGAUUUCCUCGCCUUCUUCAGCAAGCAGAUCGAAGCGCACGGGUACCGAUUCAUUAUUCAGGAAUACUGUUUUAGUGACCAUGAAAUCGGAGAGACGAUGUUCGCACAGCUUUUCGAAGGCCUAUAUCACCCUCUGAUUCAUCUUGCGCUGGGCAUCGAGUUUGAGCAACCGGGUAUUGUGGCUGAGGCGCUUGCCCAGGCAGCAUCGCAUGAUUCAAUGGGGUUUGAAACAUACUUCAAGCGGGUUGAGGAGCAUGUGCGAAGGACCAUUGGGACAGGUAUAGGUCCACGACCACUGAUAGAGCUAUUCCAGGAUAUAUGGACAACAAAGGCACUUCGCGAUGCAUCACUGGGAUUCGAUGACGGACCUGCGAGAGUGCGUGAGGGUGUCUUAGGACGAACGGGCGAGGAGCUGGCCGCAUUGGCAGCGCAAUUCAGGGUUGACCAGCUUGAUUCUGAAACUGUUCAGCGGCGGCUUGCGGAGUCUUUCAAUGUUGCGGCGUAUGUAGCGGGUGCUGCACAGCAACCGGGAAAACCUCCCAAGGUCGACUUUUUCCAUUUGCACAUGAUCACUGCGGCGUUGGCCGUGUCUGUUAUGGUGCGGGAGCAAUCCUGGAUUCCUCUUGCUGUGAAGGCUCGUUUAGUGGAAUGGAAGGUUCGCACGGAUUUGGUCUGGUACGCCGCUAGUGGUGCAGUUGAACUGCGUCUUCAAGAUGCGAUGGAAUAUCAACCCGGUCCUAGUGCUGGGAUGAACUGGGCGGCACUUUAUACCGCUGUGACAGCUGUACAUGAUGACGGACAUUUGGCUAAGUUUGUGCGGGGAUUGAAGCAUGGCGAGGAUAUUUCGAGGCCUUAUAACGGUGACGAAGAGGGUAGCUUUCCCAUUCAAGGAGAGACCUGGUUGAAAAUUGCUCAGUUAGCGUAUGACAGUACUAUCGACCGUCCGAUUGAGAGGAAGUGGAUAUGGGGUGUUGGGUUCCAAGAGAACUGGGGCCUUGUGCUGGCGACGGAGUCGUAG